GAAGAGAAAUUGAGGAAGAGGGGGAAGGGUGGAAUAGAGAUAAGAGGAAAGAAACUAUAUUCGCUGCAAUAUGCAGAUGACUUAGUGUUGAUGGCGAAGGAGGAAGGGGAAAUGAGUUUGAUGAUUAAGGAAUUUAGGGAGUAUAUAAGGGAGAAAGGGUUGGAGGUGAAUAGGGAAAAAACGAAAAUAGUGAGAUUUGGGAAAAGAAGAGCGAAAAGAAGAACAUGGAAAUGGGGGGAGGGAGAAGUGGAAGAGCUAGAGGAAAUAAAAUACCUAGGUUAUGUGUUUAGAAGAAAUGGAAGGCAGGAAAGGCAGAUAGAGGAUAGAAUAAGGAAGGCAGGAGGAGUUAUGAGAAAUGUAUGGGGAAUAGGGAAGAGGUAUUUCGGAAAUGACUAUAAGAGAAAGAGAUGGUUAUUUGAUACACUAGUGUGGAUGGUGAUAGGAUACGGAGUAGAGGUGUGGGGAUGGGGGGAGGGAAGAAAAGUAGAGGCAAUGUAGGAGAAAUAUAUAAAAUGGAUAUUGGGGGUGGAUUGGAUUACGCCGGGAUAUAUGGUAAGGGAGGAAGUGAAAAGGGAGAAAUUGAGGAUGAGGUGUGCAAGAAGAGCGUGGAAAUUUGAAGAGAGAUUGAGGGAAGGGAGGGGAAGUGAGUGGGCAAGGGAAAUGUUUAAAAGAGAUAGAAGCAAGGGGAAGGGAGAUCAAAGAUAUAUCGAGUUGG